AUGCCUUCAGACCGACAGAAGCCGCAGCCGAGUCUACAGGUUCCAGUUCCAACAUUUCCCCUUUCAUCCCCCAUCAUCGAAGAAGUGGAUGGUUCUUCAUGCUCGUCCGCGGAGGAUCCCGAACUAGAACGGAGCCGGCCAUUCGACUACCUUGUCAAAGCGACCAGACAGAAAAUCGAAAAUUCCCAGAAAGAGGAGAAUCAGUCUCCGAGCCUCUCGAAUUUGCACCGCGGGCCCGGGGAAAGCUCAAGGCUGGGUAUUCGUGGGAUAACGAAGAAGAAGAAAGCCGUCAAACCCGUUGGUCUUAACCUAGUUACCAAUUUUUCUAUUUCGGCGCCAUCGCCCCAAAAGCAAUCCGAUGAUAAGGCAAUCGCCCCAUUUGUGGAUUUGAAUGACUUGAAACAACUAUCCAAGGCCCGGGAGAAAGAACGCACGACACAAAAAGAAAAGACAAAGAACUCCUGGAAAAGGAGGGUCUCAAGGACUGGUCAGCUUCCGGAACCUAGCGAAUCUCAUAAUGCGGGUUUCUUUCUCAACCCAAGCCCUGAAAAUAAAUUUACGGAUCGCUCCGACUUGGGGCUAUCGCCUUCCGAUCGCCAUGUCAUGAUCGGUCUUACAGUCCCGUACCACGAGUCCUCAGAUCGAUCAAGAGAACUCGAUAGUGCAGUUGACCAACCUCUCACACCCUCAAUAAUCGUCACUCCUGCCUGUGAAGAGGCGCCUUGGUCGGUAGAUACAGCCAGUCCAGAAGGCCACCGAGCCCGAGCAACAUCCAGCUUGUAUUCUCAGCCUACCCCGCGCCUCUGGGGUAGCGAAACUGAUAUCCCACCCGUCCCCGCCAUCCCCGAAGAGCAUUCCUUGUCCAAAAAGCAAACUGAGGCUUCUGAAUACCUGAGCUCGCAUUUUGCUGCUAUGACACGGAAGCGCCGAUCACUCUCUGCCGGUACUGUUUUCGAGAAUGAAAUUGAGAGCCCCGAUACAGAUCACUCGCGCACAAUGGUGGAUGAAAAUGAUCAGAGCCCUUUGAAUCGACUGAGCGUCAACACGGAAGCAAGUCGACCACAGUCGCAAGGUUGGUGGAAUGUACUGCUCUCGCCACUGCUCGGUCGUUCGAAUACAAUGUCUAGUAAAAAGUCUCCACUCAGCCCGGGCUCCCUUCAAAGAAGUCCGUCUACACCUGUGACCUCGACAUUACAAGCGGCCCGGGAGAAAGAGAUUUCUUGUUUCUCUCCUGAUACACCGGAGACUGCUGUGACGAAUCAAUGGCAGGAGAGUAACAGAAGUUUUGAAGAGUCGCGCUCGCUCGAUAAUAUUGACGCAGUUCAACCCUUUCCGAGUAGACAACCCGCCAUGUCGAUGAUGCUUCGAGGAGAUCGCAUCCAGGGCGAAGCGGCCGAGUACUACCAGGCUUGUGCGCAUGAGCUGUUCAGCAAAACACCAUUUUUUGAUUGUUUCAAUCAUGUUUGCUCUAUCACACCAUCGACUGUUAUUACCAGCCAAGCAGGAAACGUGGCAGCCGUCACGGGUGAUCGAGGGCUCGCAUUGGCCGAAGCAGAAAUUGGGCAUACUUCCACAGAGUUUAAGGAAGCUGAAGCUGCGAUUAUUGCUCGCGGACUGCUUAUUGAUGUGGAUACACCAUCUCAGGAAGCUCCGAAGAGUCCCGAGUGUGCUAAAUGCUCGCAUUUGCGGGUUUCAACAAGCAGCAUUGAUUCCUGGGCUUCUACUACUGUCGAGACUGUUGUGGGUGAUGAUAAAGGUUUGCCCGAGCUACCGAAGACUAUUCGUACUAAAGAGUUGACUGUUGGUUCUUCUAUUCAACACCAUGGUCAGCCUUUUCCACAGGAACCAGUUCAGCCCCCUCCAGUUCAGCCUCAAUUUCAAGAGCCAGUUCCCGUCCCAGCAUCGGCACCAGUUGUACCUUCAGAACCUUUGGCAAGAGAACUAGAGCCGGCUCCGAUAUCGCAGUCUGAGCUGCCAACCUCAACUCCUGCACCAUAUCUUCCAACUGACCCCCUGGUCAAGUCUCCACCUCCCCAUAUUAUCAACAAUUACCAUUACGGCACGCCACCUUCUGAAAUACCGCCCCAGCCUCCGGUCAUAGUGGAGAGAAUUAUGCCCCAUUAUAUUCCAGUUUACCCCUCAAACAAUCCAUUCUUUGCUCCGAGAGAACAGCAACAGGAGUCCCGGUCAGCAGAGUCAGAGUGGCCCAGGGCGGAUCCGGCUCACGAGUUGAAUUCUCAAGAUCCACCUCAGGAGGCAGAUAUCACCAAGAUGCCAGAAGAUUCACAAGACCCAGCUCAACGGUUGGUCUCAGAGUGGCCAAGGACAGCUCCAGCUUCGCAGCUAUAUUCUCAAUAUCCAGCCCACCCAGCGAUGCUAGAGCUGCCAAGAGAGUCUCCGGCUCCCCAAUCGCACUCUCAGAGUCUGCUGCAACCUGUGCUUUCAAAACGGCCAGAGGGGGCUUCACCUCCCGAAAUAGAUUGUCAAGAUCAAAAUCAGGCACCGAUGGCAGAGAGGUCAAGAGCCGUUACAAUCCCUCAGUCAUAUUCUCAAGACCCACCCCAAGAAGAAGAUGUCACGAAAAUGCCGGAAGAAUUUCGAGAUGCACCCCAGGAGCAUCAAAGAACACUUGAGUAUCUCGCGCCAUCUCAGCAACACCAGAACAAUCAGACUUCAGAGCCGAUAUCCCCGGGCUUUCAAAAUGCUGCCGGGGGACCCGGGUCAAUACCAAUGUCUGAUGUCAAUGCCCCAGCACCUGCGUAUGCACAGCACCACAGAGAUGCCCCUCUUCCCGAGAGAUAUGACCUUUAUCCAGCUUCAGGGGCAGCAGUCAUUAACCCCACAGGAGAUAUAGGGCCCGGUGAGACUCGUCGCCGGAGACUGGAGCGUGAAGAUGCCGCAGGGAAAAAGAUUGGUGGUCUUUGGCGUGGACGAGGUUGUUUCAGCAAAAAGGGCUGCUUUGGGCGGCCCGGGCGUGAAGGUCGCCUUCGCCGACGAUGGUAUUUUUGUAUUGGGCUUUUCUUUCUUGCUAUAGUGGUUGUAGCCGUCACCCUUGCUAUUACUCUUACUAAGAAGAGCGACGAGACCCAGGUUCAGUCGCAAUGGGUCAAUCUGACCAACUAUCCGCCAAUCCAAACUGGCAUUAUGACAGUUGCUGGUACAGAGCCCCAAAUCCAGAACUCGGGCUGUAUCAAUAUUGAGACCUUGUGGAGCUGUUCUCUUCCCAAGGGUACACAACAAUCUCAGAAUGAGCCUUACGCUGCAGAUGAGCCCACCUUUCGGGUCGAAAUUCGAUACCUCAAUACGACUUCGAACAGUACAACAGGCGGCUCGAAUUCGACGACCACCAAACGUGGUAUUUGGACGGCAGAUCCAUCUCCGCCGAGUAUAGCAGACCAAACUUUCCUUGGAAACACCACAGAUGGCAAUUACAAGCCCUAUGCUGGCGAGGAAACGCCCUUUUACUUGUCUGUCCUAUCAGCCGCCCACCUAUCGUCAACAAAUAUAUUCCGGCGCAGCACAUCCAACUCGUCAUCUCUCGUCCCUGCUCCAACCGAGGACUCAGAUGGGACUGCGGCAGCAGCAACACUCUAUCCCCUCCCUUCCUCGCAGCCCGUCCGUCUCUAUAACCGAGGCGAAUCAUCAGAGCACUACGGCUUCUAUACUUACUUUGACAAGUCUAUCUUCCUUCAAUCAAAGGCACCCCUGAAUGGCAGCACAACGGACUACGAUUUCGAGGACAGCAAUGGUGGCUCUACUCAAGCCGAAGCUCAAGCUCGUUGCACCUGGUCGCAGACUCGCUUCCUCGUUCAGAUCUGGACUAAUCCAUCCGGCAUGGGUUAUUCUCUCCUCUCCUCUGGUAGUGGAAGUAAUACGAGUGCUACCACCACCGCCACAGCUACAUCUACUUCUUCUACGGCUACUUCAUCGUCGUCUGCGACGAACUAUACUCGUCCUGGCUCAUUCCCGUACCCUGUUACCGUUACGGUAGAUCGACAUGGUGGGGAUGCUGAUAAGAAGAGAGUUUAUUGCUACGGUAUUGAGGAUAAUGGGCACUACAAUUUCACAGAAGCAAUGCUGGAGAUUGAAAAUCGGUCGGUUGGGGGCACUUUGGUCAACCCUGCUUCGGAUUCUUCUUUGGCCUAUGGUGGUAUUGAUGGUGGGACGGGGGGCUGUGAGUGCCAAUGGGUGAAUUGGAUAUCUACUUUAUAG